GAAGAUCUUUCGGAGGAAGAAGCGGAUGACGCGAGCGACGAUGUUGUAGUGGAUGCGCAGUCACAAAUCUCAGAAAUCCCGGAAACGCAAUCUGUAGUGAUUUCUGGGGGCAGCCUGAAUCGAGUUCCAGCAGUGAAAGAGAAGAUCAAGAAACGCACCGAGAAAGCAUGGCUUGCUGCAAAGGAAUUAGUCGAUUCUGAACAGCGCUAUGUCGACAAACUCCGACUACUUGAUGAAGUGAGAAUCAGCGACGUGCUUCGAAAACGUGCUCCUUUUCUGAAAAUGUACUCUGAAUACACGAACAAUUACAAGCUGGCAACAAAAAUUUUCGAUGAGUGCUUGAAGAAGAAGCGUAGAUUCGCUCAAAUUGUGCAUGAGAUAGAGGUUUUGUUUUAA